AAGGACCCAUUCAUUAUUUACUUCUGUAAUAGUCGGUGAGCGAGAUGUCAAUGAGCAUAGAGAGUAAACAUAAGAAGUUCCAGGAUUCUGAUGAUCUGGAAUUCCACACUGCGGAUGAGGCCUCAGACAUCAACGUGGUCUCUGAAGAUGAGGACAGCGAUAGUGAUGAUGCACCAGAAGAGGAAACCAUCUCCAGUGCGGCACAACAGUUGAAGGAGAAGGAAAGGAUUGAGAAUGAGCUAGCUGCUCGUGAGCGUGAAGCACUGAAGGAGAAGAGACGACUACAAGCGCAGAGAUUUGCAGAACAGGCAACACUGAAAAAAGAAAAGCAAAAGGCACUUGAGCAGAGACAGCUUAUAGAACAGAAGCGUGCUGAAGAGGCCCAAAGACUUCGUGAAGCUAAAAAAAGAGAUAAGGAGUUAGAGGAGCAACUACUCAUGCAAGAGCUUGAGAAACAAAGGGAACGUGAAGCUAAGCUUCGACGCUUACAAUUGCGUAAAAAACAAGAACAAGGUGUUAGAAAGGUAGAUGGUUUGAAGGUUAAAGUACUGGGGACCAAGGCGAAAGUGACAAAGGUGGCCAAUAGAGAUCAAUUGCUGAAUAAAAGAAAGAAAAUACUCAACAAGCGCCGUUAGAUUGCUAUCUCAGCAGUGUCGCUUGUGCAAAUACUAAUAUUUUCUAUCUUACAUCUGCAUUUAACGUAUAUGGGGCCUUUAUGCUGCUACUUACACGACAUGAGAGGGGUCAUGGAGCACAGGUGUUCUUCCAAGGAGGAGACAUCUAUUGAAGAAUAGAGAGUUUUGUAUUUAAUAUCUAUAUUCCCAUGAUCGGCGAGUAUGAUUGACUAAACCCGUGUACACUUGGACCAGGCUAUAUUCGUGAGACCGUCG